AUGAUUACACGCCAGUCUCUUCAAACUAAUAACAUCAAAAUGCUCGUGCUUGAUGAAGCAGACGAAAUGCUUUCUCGUGGAUUUAAGGAGAAAUUUAUGACGUCUUCUAAUGUAUACCGAAUGCCAUCGGAAGUUCUGGAAGUAACAAAUCGUUUCAUGAGUGAUCCCAAACGCAUCUUGGUGAAGAGAGAAGAGCUUACCCUUGAAGGCAUCAGGCAGUUCUACAUAAACGUCGAAAAAGAAGAAUGGAAAUUCGAGACACUUUGUGAUUUAUAUUCCACAGUUAAUGUUACUCAGGCUGUCAUCUUCUGUAACACUCGUAGGAAAGUUAAUUAUCUUGCAGCUCAAAUGAGUGAAGAAAGGUACACUGUUUCCCGCAUGCAUGGCGAGAUGGAACAAAGUGAGCGUGACGUAAUUAUGCGCGAAUUCGGAUCAGGCUCCUCCCACGUUCUUACUACUACGGAUUUGUUGGCACGUGGGAUAGAUGUUCAGCAAGUUUCAUUGGUAAUCAAUUACGAUCUUCCAAGCAAUCGUGAGAACUACAUUCACCGAAUUGGACGAUCGGACGUUUCGGACGAGAGGGUAUAG